UGAUUUUACAAAUCUAUUAGGGUAGGGUAGUGCAUGUUGCAUGGUAAAAAUUAAAAACCGAUUAGAAUGCCAAUUAAAAAUUAAAAAUAAUGGGCCUGGGUAAUUAUUUUGUUGAAGUAAGCUCCAGUUUAAGUGCGAAGUAACCUAAGCUCUAGCCAAAUAACCUAGUGAAUCAGUGAGUGGAGACCCAACUCGGUUGGCAGAAGGCUAAGAUAGAUGGCCGCUCGACGCUGUUCCCUCCUUUCAUUCCUUCAUUCCGUCUUCAGAAUCUCAAGGCUCCGUUCUCUACAUCCACCUUCUCUAAGAUUACAAGGUCUUUCUCACUCUGUUAUAAAUUAUUCAAGAAAUCACAUUUAUGAUGGGCUUUGUCCAAAUUUUCAAGCAUCUCGAUCAUAUGCUCGUCCUCGAGGCAAGCAUUAUGACCUAUUUGGCAGUGCUAAGCCUGGUGAUGAGGAAUUCAAGAAAGCAUGGAAGAAAGAGAUGGAAGAAGAUGAUUGCUUAUGGACAGGAAGUGAAGAUGAAAGCGAGGAUGAAAAUAAUUCCAAAAAGGGUCAAAAUCGUCUUGAAAAAGAGAUUCGGAAAGUAAGGCAGCAGGCAAAGGAGCACUCACAUCUUAUUGAUGCUGAUGAUAGUGAUGAGUUAUGGAGUGUAUGGUCUGGGAGUGAUGAGGAGAAGACUCUAUGGACUGGUAGCGAAGGCGAUGAUGAUGAUGAUAUUCCUACAGAAGCAUACCCAAAUGAAACUAGUGACAAGUAUAUAGAUAAAUUGUUUGAAUUUGAGGAAAAACCCAAAUAUCGCACAAUCUCUGAACUAUUGAAAGCAGAAAAUGAACCUGAAGAGUUGUCCCCUGGGAAGCAAGCUAGGAAACUUGCAGUUGAGAAUGCCUUAAAAAAAUUGAAGAAAGGGCCAGAUGGGCGUUACAUCAAUGUGUGGGAAGUCAUGAGUGAUGUAGACAUUCUAAUUGGAGCAUUUGAAAAUAUUGUCUCUGGGCCUGAGUAUGAGGAGCUUAGACAAGGAGGACCUAAAAAAUUGAAUAUGCAGUUUUUCAAGGAUAUACAAGCGCGUAUGAGAGAUCCAAAUUACAAGUUCUCACCAGAGUUGAAGUUAAAACCAAAGAGCAAACUAGUUCCAAGAAAGAAAUGGCAGAAGGUGCAGUCUAGACGAAGGAAGGCACAAAAACGCUAGGUGGUAGUCUUCUCCACUCAACAUUGAGACAAAUUACUUCUACAUUUGUUGACCAUUGGAAGACUGUUUUUUGCAUUCUCCACAUAUUGUCCUUCCUUAAGAUUACGGCUGAUUAUAUGAUACUUUAGAUGAGCAUGGCUGUAAUUAUGGUUUCUUGAUCACCUUUAAAAGCUUGCUUAGUAAUUUAAUUAGAGGCAAGUUCAUUCUUCUUUGUUUUAUAUAUAUAUAUAUAUAGUUUAAAUGUUUCUUUUGUUUGUAACUUCACACCUGAUUUUGUACACACAGGGUAUAUAUAAUGAGAAAUUGUUAGCUUUCUUUUGGUU